CAUUACUCAUCAUCAGUUUAGCCUUCACCAUCUCUUCUCGCUCUACCCUGAAAGAGAAUAAUGGGCUUUGGUUGUUGUUAUUAAAUGGUUUUAGGGUUUCAGAAUUGGCUAUACAAACACAUAUAUUUAGUCGUUAUAUAUACUGUUGGUGUCUUUGAUUGAGAAGUGGUAAAGUUAACACUAAACUUAUAAGGCAGAGAGAGAGAGAAAAUGGCUUUGGAAGCUUUACCUAACUCAAAUGAGCUUUUCAACUUCGUUAUUUAUGAUACUAUCUCGGCAACCCCAUGUAGCUGUCAAGGUUCUUCAGCGACAACUACUAAUUGGUUGUGUAACGAGAAUAACGAUAGCUGUGCUACAAAUUCAACCAAACCUCAUCAUCAUAAUCUUCAUAAUAAUGAUCACCAAGUUGGAGCUUUAGAAAGUAGUUUGUUGGUGAGCCGAAAGCUCCAAAUGGGAGCGGAAGAAGGUGGUGAGGAUGAUAAAUCAGGCUUAGGCGGCGGCGCAAGGUGUGAUGACGAUUAUGAUGAUAAUAAUAAUGAAGAAGAGGAGCAGGGACAGGGACAGGGGCAGGGACAGGGACAGGGGCAUGGUCGGAUGAUGAUGAGGCGGCAGCCUAGUUUGGGAGUAGUAGUGAGGAAGAAGAGAAAGAGAAAGCCAAGGGUUUGCAAGAACAAGGAAGAGGCUGAGACUCAAAGGAUGACUCACAUUGCCGUCGAGAGAAAUCGAAGGAAACAAAUGAAUGAACAUCUUGCUGUCUUGCGUUCUCUAAUGCCUGAUUCUUAUGUCCAAAGGGGUGAUCAGGCCUCAAUAGUGGGUGGUGCCAUAGAAUUUGUAAAAGAACUUGAGCAUCUGUUACAGUCACUUGAAGCUCAGAAGCUCCAAGUUCUACAAGGAAUGAACAAUAAUAGAGAGCUAGUGGAUGAUGAUGAUCAUAAUAAAGAGAGUUGUAACAUUGAUGUGGGUAGCUCCAAAUUUGUAGUCCAACCUCCUUUUGCACAAUUUUUUUUAUAUCCACAGUAUACUUGGUCUCAGAUCUCCAACAAGUACACUUCAAAGACUAAGGCAGCCAUAGCUGAUAUUGAGGUCACCUUGAUCGAAACUCAUGCAAGCCUUCGCAUUUUUACUCGGCGGAGCCCUAGACAGCUCUCUAGGCUCAUCGCCGGAUUCCAAUCUCUUCAUCUCACUGUUCUCCACCUCAAUGUCACCACUCUCAAUCCCUUGGUACUCUACUCUGUUAGUGUCAAGGUUGAAGAAGCGUGUCUACUAAGUUCAGUAGAUGACAUAGCAGCAGCAGUUCACCACAUGCUUAGAAUAAUUGAGGAGGAAGCUGCAAUGCCUAUGUGUUGUUGAUGAUAAAAUCUUCAUCAUCUUUUUUUUUGUAAAUAAAUGCCCUUAGAUCAAAUUUGGAAUUACCAGUGCCAUUUUUUUUUUGUUUGGAGUUUCUCAUUUAAUUUGUUGUAAAGAUUCUCUUCUUUUGUGUCUGUCUGUAGCGAACAUUGAGCCAUAGCUAGCUAGUACUAAUUGCUGUGUGUUUUAUUUGUUUUGCUUUGAUUCAACUUGUAAGUUUGUAAUUCCAAAUAUGACCAAAAGGCAAAGAGGGGUGCUUAGGAUUCUUGAUGGGCUCUCUAGGGUCCGGCCCAUACUGACAGGGACUUGUGUUGUGGAUGUAUCUAUCAUUAAUUUUCUCUUUUGUCUUUGGUA